AUGGCCCUCUGUGUAUCCAUCCUAGCCCUGCGUACCCUCCCUGCUCCAGUCAAUGUUACCAUAACUUCCCUCAACUUCCAGUCUGUUCUACGCUGGAUCCCUGGGCCAGGCACUCCGUCCGGGACCAUAUACAGCAUCUGUAACAGGUUGUCACCCACACCCCACACAACCCCCAUCCAUAUUAAAUGAAAUAUGAUUAUAGUAUCACCCAUCAUAAUGAUUUUAGUUUGUUUAUCUCAUUGGAUAUUUCUACUACUGCAUUGUGGUUAGGUUUAUGGACUUAAGACAAAAUAUGUUGAUCUGAUUCCCAUGACACUUGAUAUGACUGGGUUGUAACGUGUGUCAGAGGUUAGGUGUAGUAGUAGUAGUAAUAAUAAUAAUAAUAAUAUGCUAAAAUUACAGUUUAAAUCAUAACUUUCCAGUGAGUGUUUUAUUGAAAAGCAAUGUCUUCAGUCAGAGCAUUUUUGUGUUUCACUUUGUGGCGCUAAGCGCAGGUCUUAGACAUAAGCUUUGAACUUUAACCAUAACCUUUACAUGUGUAUUGCAACAUUCAGAACAAUCUGCCUAUCUUACCAAGUGUGUUGUGGAUGGAACAUCUGACUGCAGCGUGAAGUGUUUUCUCAAGUUUUUCUUUCACUUGACCAAAGCUAACGGCUCUGUGUCGUUGUGGUUAUAGUUUGCACCCUCAUAGUGUCUCUGCUCCAGAGACAAUACUCUGCUCUGCAGGUCUUACCACUGAAAAAGGCCUGGGAAUUUGAAGGGAAUUCAAUCUUUUUAAUUACGUUUUAUUAGGAUCCCCAUUAGCUGACGCCAUAACGUCAGCUAAUCUUCCUGGGGUCCAACACAAAACUAACAAGACAUUACAAACAUUUACAGCUCACAUUAAGACAUUACAAACAUGUACAGUUCACAUUAAGACUACAAACAUUUUAACAAGUAGACAUUACAGACAAUUAAAAUACCUGACAAGUAAUACAUUUAACAUUCAUUAGAUGUUCUAUAGUAUCUGUCAUAUGGUCCAUCACAUUAGAUGUUCUAUAGUAUCUGUCCAGUCAUAUGGUCCAUCACAUUAGAUGUUCUAUAGUAUCUGUCCAGUCAUAUGGUCCAUCACAUUAGAUGUUCUAUAGUAUCUGUCAUAUGGUCCAUCACAUUAGAUGUUCUAUAGUAUCUGUCAUAUGGUCCAUCACAUUAGAUGUUCUAUAGUAUCUGUCCAGUCAUAUGGUCCAUCACAUCUCCUUCUGCUGGGAUUCUGUUGAGGCUCCAGCAAGUCAGGAAGCUGAGCUGAAAACACAGCUUUCUUUUGUUUGAACUACAGAUUUGAUUUAUUUUAGCAGGGAGUCCCAUUGAGACCAGGCCUCUUUUCCAAGGGAGCCUAGCAUGAACACUAUUUAUAAAGGGCGGCAGGUAGCUUAGUGGUUAAGAGUGUUGUGCCAGUAACCAAAAGGUCGCUGGUUCUAAUCCCCGAGCCGACUAGGUGAAAAAUCUGUCGAUGUGCCCUUGAGCAAGGCACUUAACCCUAAUUGCUCCUGUAAGUCGCUCUGGAUAAGAGUGUCUGCUAAAUGACCAAUUAUAAUUAUAAUUAUAAUUAUAAAAUGUACAACAUUUAACAAUGAAGUAAGGUAUGGUGGAAGUUUGCCCAAGAGGGCUAUAUACAAAAAGAGAGCAGUGCAUUGAUCUACAAGACUUACCAGAGGGCCUGCCUACUUUCUGAUACAGAAUGCAGUGACUAGAGAUCCUGGUUCGAAUCCAGGCUCUGCUGUAGCUGGCCGCAACCGGGAGACCAAUGGGGCGGCGCACAAUUCGUCCAGGGUAGGGGAGGGAAUGGCCGGCAGGGAUGUAGCUCAAUUGGUAGAGCAUGGCGUUUGCAACGCCAGGGUUGUGGGUUCGAAUCCCACGGGGGGCCAGUAUGAAAAUAAAAAAGAAUAAUGUAUGCACUAACUGUAAGUCGCUCUGGAUAAGAGCGUCUGCUAAAUGACACUAAAUCAGACUAAGGGGGAAAGAACAUCGUCAAUGAUGAUGUUAUUUUCUACACAGAUCAUACAACAUUAUUGCCUGAUGAUCUUCUGAACUUCCCAAUACCUUUCUGGUGCGUUUCAGUCUCUUCAAACCAUACUGUCUUUUAGAUUGACAGUAUGUCAGACUGAUUUGCGAUUAGACUAUCAUAGCCAAAUUAUGAAAGUAAACAUUGGCCGUUGAUUACGUAACUUGUUUUUAACGUGGUGGGGGUCACGAAAAUAAUUCACAUCAAAAUGGGGUUGCGGUACAAAAAAGUUUGUGAACCCCUGGUUUACUGCCAGGGACUGGCAGCAAGUUAAUUAUUUACUGUACCUUGGCUGGGAUAUCAAUCAAUCAAUCAAUCAAUCAAAUGUUAUUUAUAAAGCCCUUUUUAUAUCAGCAGAUGUCACAAAGUGCUAUACAGAAACCCAUCCUAAAACCCCAAACAGCAAGCAAUGCAGAUGUAGAAGCACGGUGGCUAGGAAAUACUCCCUAGAAAGGCAGGAACAUAGGAAGAAACCUAGAGAGGAACCAGGCUCUGAGGGGUGGCCAGUCCUCUUCUGGCUGUGCCGGGUGGAGAUUAUAACAGUACAUGGCCAUUUAAGGCCAGAUUUUACAGUGGCAAGCAAUGUUCCCUCUAAUUUUUCACGGCACUGAGCGAAUUUCAGGUCUGCUGUUCGCAAACUUGUACAUUGUGAAAAUUCAGUGCAACUUCCAGCGCACGUUUACUGUGACCACUGAGGCUGUACCCACUGUAAGUUACAGUUUAAACAGUGGCCAUGUAGGCUACUGUGGCUAUUUGAUCAUAAUGUAGGCCUACCAGAGUGGCCUACCAUCAAAAACAAUGGAGAAAAUGCAUCCCAGAACAAUUUAACAUGGAAAUAGCUGUUCUAUUAUUCAGGCUACAGUAGAAGCCAACGGGUGGUGUUCAAUGUAGGCCUACAUUCCAUGAGGCUUUUGAAAAAAAUAAUGCAGGGCUUGACAUGAACCUGUUUAUCCACUUGUCCUUCAGACGAGGAGGUGACUGAACAUGUUGUUGUGUUGUUUGAUGCAAGAAACCACUUUACAAAAUAACAUGCUUUAUUAUUCCCUUACAAUUAUUACAGAGAAUCAGACAAAUUAUGCUACCCUCUGCCUAUUGGCUACUUAUCUUAUUCAAGCCUGUCUCAAAAUACAACACUGCCCUUUUUAAGACAUAAAAAAAAAGCUUUUUACCUGACUCGCUUUUCAAAGAUGUCUAGGAAUAUACAGUGGGGAGAACAAGUAUUUGAUACACUGCCGAUUUUGCAGGUUUUCCUACUUACAAAGCAUGUAGAGGUCUGUAAUUUUUAUCAUAGGUACACUUCAACUGUGAGAGACGGAAUCUAAAACAAAAAUCCAGAAAAUCACAUUGUAUGAUUUUUAGGUAAUUAAUUUGCAUUUUAUUGCAUGACAUAAGUAUUUGAUCACCUACCAACCAGUAAGAAUUCCGGCUCUCACAGACCUGUUAGUUUUUCUUUAAGAAGCCCUCCUGUUCUCCACUCAGUUCUGCUUUUCUGAUGUAUCAAAUACUUAUGUCAUGCAAUAAAAUGCAAAUUAAUUACCUAAAAAUCAUACAAUGUGAUUUUCUGGAUUUUUGUUUUAGAUUCUGUCUCUCACAGUUGAAGUGUAGCUAUGAUAAAAAAUUACAGACCUCUACAUGCUUUGUAAGUAGGAAAACCUGCAAAAUCGGCAGUGUAUCAAAUACUUGUUCUCCCCACUGUACAUAUUUUGUGCUCUUGUAGGAAGCAAUCACUCCCCUAUUGCUGACUACAAAUGAUCUAUAACUGGGAUAAUAACUCACUAACUACCAAAGGAUAUGAACAAAAUGUGCACACGUGGCUACAUGCAGCUCUCGCUUUGAUCUCAAAACAAGCGCAUCUACUCACGACCACAGCUGUAAACACAGUCCAGAUCAAAGUAAAUGGCACAGAUCCAUGUAUGGCAAUGGUCUGUUUUGCAUAUAGGACUACAGCAGCUCUGAUUGGUUAAUGUCGCACCGGUCUGUGUAAGCUGAGUGGUGUUUGUCAAUGCAAUAGAAUCCUACUCCGAUGCGUUCUGCAUAUAACAAAAUCUCUUGCAUAGUUUAUUUUGUUUUCGGUAUGUUGCAUUGAAAGUGUUUUAAUAUUGCGUCGAUUCGAUCACUAUUGCCACAGUAAAAGGGAAACGUUGAUAGUGUUAACUAACAGGGAAAACUCUAGAUAGUUGAGUGAAGUUCAAUCUCGUGCUUCUCUCUGUGGGUUGAUACAGUAUUUCUUCUGCGUGCAGUCCCGGGGCAGCUGGACGGCAGCAGUGUCGGGCUACUCCACGCAGCUUAGAGCGAACAUUGGCACUGGCAAGUGCAUUCAUAUAGAAGAUACCGCCGUAGUCUAAAGCCGGUAUGAAUGUAGACUGAAUGAUUUGUUUUCUGCUAUUUAACGAAAGACAUUCCCUAUUCCUCUUAACUAACUCAUCUAUAUGUUUUUUUUUUUUAAAGAGAUAGCUUUUCGUCAAUCCAGAUAUUUAUAACCAAAUCCAAAUACCCAGAUAUUUAUAACCAAAUCCAGAUACCCAGAUAUUUAUAGCACUGGACACCAUCAAUGUGGGCACCAUCCAAUGUAUAUAUGCAUAAAUCAUCAGAUACAUUUCUAAUCUUUUUGGAAUAUAUUAUGUGCGUAGAUAAAUACUCUUAAGCCAUUAUGGAACAGGAAAGACUCCUAAAGCAGUAAUGUGGCUACACACAACACUCUGAAGCAGAAUAGGUCUUGUUGAGGACUGAAGACCACAUUGAUUAUCAAAUUAUAAUUAUUUGGAAUCCAAAAGAACUCACUGUACUUUGUCAAUAAAGUUAUUGAACUAGAUCUACUUUGUUAUUUUAUUUAUAAAAAAUGUACCUCCUUAUUUCUAUUUUAGCAGCGAAGACAACAUCAAACCGAAACAUCAAACCAACACGACAAAUCAGAAGCUGGAUCUGAAGUACCCCAAAGAACGAGCCAUAUUAUAUGUUCAGGCUUCCCACAAACGCUUAGUGUCGCCAUGUGUAAACAUCAACUUCACCCCCUUCACAAAGAGUACGUCUGCUGGUAAUGUUGUCUUGCUAAUAGGCAGAUGAUGAUACUUCUGCUAGGGUUUUUUAACCAGGUGUGAGUGCCAUUAUUUACAUUAGCCAAGUUGACAUCUCACAACACAAUCUAGGCAUGUAUUUGGGGCGUGAACGUGUCUGUUUUUAUAAUGUUUUUGUAAAAACAAAAAUACUAAAUAAAAAGUGAAAUGAUGCUACAGUACCAUUUUGUCUUCCACAGCUCGUAUUGGUCCUCCAACAUUUUCUUUGGAUGGAUGUGGCAGUUGCCUGGUAAUCAACAUCACGCUGCCUGAGAUGAGAACCAUUAAAGAUGUCUAUGGGAGCACCCUAUCCUUUAGCAUUUUCUGGAAGAAAGCAGGAGAGACGCAGGUAAAAACAAGAGUACCUAUCCUUUCCCUGUCUUCAUUGUAGUGUCAAAUUGUAAUUAUUAUUAUUUUUUACAAAUGAUGACAAUGUGGACUAUUUCAUCUAAAUGAAUACUCUUUCAUCAUAUUCAUUUUCAGUUUCAAGAGACCCUUAUAACUCAUUCAAGUUAUGUGCUGGAGAACUUGAAGGUGGGCGUAGAGUUGAAGACCCACCUGCCUAGAGCACUGGUGAGAAAUUGAUCUAUCUUGUAGCUAACCACACCCCACACUCUCACUCAUUUUUGUUCAAUUCAAUUCAAAGGGCUUUAGUGGCAUGGGAAACAUAUGUUUACAUUGCCAAACCCAUCUCUCUCACAACUCUCUCGCUGUUCGUCUGUGAUAUUAUUUGUUUGUAUUUGCCGUUGUUUCAAUGUUGAUCUGUUGGUCCAGGAUGUGAAUUUGUGGAGCUUAAGAAAUGCAAAGCCAAAGUAAAUUCCUGUUAAAGCCAAAUAAGAUUCACUUCAACUCUUUCAUGCCCUGUAGUCCACAUAAAGUGAAAUCAGCAUCAGGCAGUGACAUCACUGUGACUUUCUCUGUGUCUAACACAGCCUCUCUCUCCUCCCUCUCUCCAUGCAGACUGCCCUGGUUGAGGGCUACUUCGUCACCCCAGAGAGAAUAGUUCCUGACCUGGUCUCGAUAUCCUCUGAGCCAGAGGAACAAGGGAAGACCCUCGGACCAAAAACACACCACAACAGAGAGAACACAAACCAAGAAGGGGAGGAGGAGGAAGAGGAGGAGGAGGAGGAGGAGGGGGGGGGGAAAUGA